CCCGCCCAAGGUUGAAGUUGACGUCACGAUAGGAAAAAUCGGUUUAAAGCGAGGUCACUCGUUCUCUCGGAGUCGCCGGUUGCAACUAAGAGGAGGCGCCAUCUUAAGAUACUGAAAGACUCCGCCAGCAGGCAGGACACCACCAUGUACCCCACCGCACUGACGCAGCUGGCCCGGAGCAACCUGUUCAGCUCUCCCCUGUUCAACAUCCAGAAAGUGGAAGAACCCAAACAGAGCCUCCAUGGACAGAGGACCCGCACGCUGGCAGCAGCAGCCACCUCUGACGAGGGAGCAGAGGUUGAGUUCGGCUCUCAGAAGUAUUUCCUCCUGUGCGGCUUUGGUGGGAUUCUGAGCUGUGGCACCACGCACACAGCUGUCGUUCCACUCGAUCUGAUCAAAUGCAGAUUGCAGGUGGACCCAGAAAAGUUCAAGAGCAUCGGUAACGGCUUCAGAUUGACAGUGAAGGAAGAUGGUGUCAGGGGACUGGCAAAGGGCUGGGCCCCCACCUUCAUCGGCUACUCCAUGCAGGGACUCUGCAAGUUUGGCUUCUAUGAAGUGUUUAAGGUCUUCUACAGUGAUUUGUUGGGAGAGGAGAACACCUACCUGUGGAGGACAUCGCUGUACCUGGCGGCCUCAGCCAGCGCAGAGUUCUUUGCAGACAUUGCUCUGGCUCCCAUGGAGGCUGUUAAAGUUCGUAUUCAAACCAAGCCAGGCUAUGCCAACACCCUCAGAGAGUGUGUCCCCAAGAUGUACGCAGAGGAGGGCGUCUGGGCUUUCUAUAAGGGUGUGGUUCCCCUCUGGAUGAGGCAGAUCCCCUACACCAUGAUGAAGUUCUCCUGCUUCGAGCGCACCGUGGAGUUGCUCUACAAGCACGCUGUCCCCAAGCCCCGUAGCGAGUGCACCAAAUCUGAACAGCUGGUGGUCACCUUCGUUGCCGGUUAUAUUGCUGGUGUGUUCUGUGCCAUCGUGUCCCACCCUGCUGACUCUGUGGUGUCUGUACUGAACAAGGAGUCAGGUAGCACCGCUACCCAGGUCCUCAAGAAGCUGGGACCCAAAGGUGUGUGGAAGGGUCUGGUUGCCCGUAUCAUCAUGAUCGGUACUCUGACCGCCCUGCAGUGGUUCAUCUACGACUCCGUCAAGGUCUACUUCCGCCUGCCCCGCCCCGCCCCCCCCGAGAUGCCAGAGUCUCUGAAGAAGAAGCUCGGCCUCACAGAGUAACCCCCCCACUUUAUUCCCCUACUGAGCCGCAGGUGACACAUCUAAACCCCCCCGCCCAACUUCCACAGUGCACACAGCAGUUUUCUAUAUUUAUGUUUCCCGCCUGCUGCUCUGCACAGGGCUGCUAAUAAUGUAUAUUUAAAAACAGAAAUCAACAAGGAGAAGAUGGAACUGUCGCUCCUGACUUACCGUGAGUCGGACGGACACAAUCCUCUGUAGAAACACCAUCUGGUUUUAUCAAUUCCUGUCAUUAGAAGUUUGUUGACAUUCUAAUAAAAGAAUUUAAUUCCCUGGAAAA